UGUACCUUCCAAGAUACCGUUUCUUCGCUAGCGCGCAAAGUUUGGUAUUUUCUGGAUCAAGAAAUCAUGGAUUCCGACAAAGAAUUAUUGCUAACAGGAGAUGACUGUGAGAUUUUUGGAUGGAUUUUCGAUUAUGCUGCUUGGAUGGCAUGGGAUGAGUUCCAACAGAACCAUACCGUCGAUUCCAGAACAGAAAGAUCGUUUAUGACAGGAGUGAUGGAGUACACCCCUGGGGUCGACCAGGAGAGGAUCCACCACGUCGAGUUCAUCCAUCUUCUCUGCCUGCUUGCCGACGGAGAGCAGACCAAUCUCAGCUACACCAAGGGGGAUGAGGAGCAUCGCACACCCCUGGAGAUAGCCCUGGACAACGUGGAUAAACUUGAAGCAAGCCUGGAGAAAAAGAGUCCGAUAAGGAAGAGCAUAGCUGAGAUGAGGCGGCUGGUCAAGAUCCAGGCUGUUCUUGCUCUGUUAAGGGCUGAUGAGACAGAGUCUGCUAAGGAUCUCCUUGCUGCAUUCUGGCCCAAGCAGAUUAAACGAUCGGCAGAAGACAAGGAGGUUGUGACUAGCCUGUCUGGCAUGGUAGCGGGUAAGAAGAACAAGCCAUUUGAUGUAGCGCACAGUCAUCACAAGUUCUGCCAGGCUUUGAUACCAACCCUGAGACAGAUGCACGACCAGUUCAAGAGACCAUUCCUCCUGGAGAUAAUCGCCAAGAAGAACAAUAUCCAGAAGCAUGGCCCAGCACGACCAAAACACAUCACUUGCAGUCAACUGAAGAAGGCAUGUGGACCUAAAGUAUGGAAAGAAGUUCUUGAGGCGUCAGAGAAAAUGGUUGGAGAAGCAAAAGCCUCCACAUCACAAGAGGAGUCGAGCUCGUCCUCACGAAGUUCUCCACGGCGUGGUCGAACUCUGACGGCUUCCUCCACAUCUGAAGAAGAGUGUAGUCCAGCAAAAAGGGGAAGGAGCAUUCGAUCAUUGAAGUAUGGAGAGAGUUCCAGGGGUGUAAAGUCUGGUGCGAAGGACAAUGCUGAGAAAGUAGAAUGGGACAGCAUAUUGGAGAGUGAAGAAGACGAUGCAUUGAGAACAAGGAUUAAUGGCGAUAAAUCCAUCAGUACGCCCAAGGUAGAUGCCACCCUGGGAGAAGUCCCUGGAAAGCGGCGACACUGGAAGGUGCAUAAGAGCGCCUCACCAACCAAGAGAAGGCCCUGGUCCUCGGACGAGGAGGAACAACUCAAGCUCGGCAUCAACCGCUACGGGGUCGGCAAGUGGGCCGAAAUCAACAUGGCUUACACUUUCCGCAACAGGACGAAUGUGCACCUGAAAGAUAAGUACAGGACAAUGGUAAAACAAGGCCUCAUCAGCAACUAGGAACACGGAUAAUGGUUUUAGACGACAACAGCUGCAGAAAAGGACAGUCAUAGACGAAGACCUCAUCUGUAUCAGCAUCUAGGAGCUGGUUUGAAUGUAUGUGAGUUGAGCUUUGUCGUCACCAAGUGGGCCAAAAUCAACAUGACUUGCACAUUUGACAAUUUGAGUUCUUGAGCCCUUCACCAAUCAACCACGAUGUGCUUGGUAUUAUCUGCUUUGUGGUCAGAAAGUAGGCUGAAAUCGACAUGGCUUACACUUUCUACAACCAGGAUGAAUGAACAGCUGAAAUAUAAGUACAGGACGAUGGUACACCAAGGCCUCAUUAGCAACUAGGAAUAUGGCUAAAUACAUUCCUGAUAAUUCCGGUGUUGCAAAGGAUUAUUGUAAAUAAAUACCUCAUCGACGAUGUUAUCAGCAACUAGGAGCUCAGCUGGUAUGAAUAUAAGCGAGUUUAGCUUCGUAGUUAGCAAGUGGGCCAAAAUGUAAUGUCUUGCACUUUUGACAAUUAGGGUUGUUAAACAGGUGCUUUAUCACCAGCCAGGAUCUUAUAUGAAUUUAUGUGAGGUGAAGUUAACCUUGUGCACGGCCCUACGUGUCAUCAGUGUCUGUGAAAUGGUGUAAUAUUGAAGCCCUAAAAAAAAGUGCACUUCAAAACGAUCAAGAAGUGCCUCAAAAAGGUACCAGACUCGUUUUACCCAAUAGACUGUAGUGUUAUGAAAACCGUUAGGAAAACGCAAAAUUUGAUUUUGAUUUCCAAUCAUAUAUAUCUUGGUAAUCUGAUUGGCUUAUAAAUGUCAUGGAAUUCCUGACUGACCUAAAGGUUUAUAAUUAUGAUUGCAGCAUGAGCUAAAUCGAGGAUUUUGUUUAAGAAUCUGAGACAAAGUUACCAGAUCCCUUUAAGGUUCAUAUGGAGUCCUUCAACAAUCAACCACAAGGUGCUUGGUAUCGCCCGCUCUGGGGUUGGCACGUGGGUUGGACCACAGGAUAAAUGUCCAGCUGAAGGACCAGAAAAAAGCCUCUUCAGCAACUGGGGUCUUGUAUGAAUGUACAUGUAUGUGAGUUAAGCUUGGACUUGACCUCAUAGUUUGACCUCAUAGCUUGAAGUCAUGAGAAUUUCUCCUACUACCACUAGGAUGUGCGGACAUCGCACUGAUUUGUCGAGAUUUUCCAUUCAGUUUUAUUCUCCAUGAUCUUCGGGAGUUCCUUCUUUGGUAUAAAAGUCUGUUCUUUUUUUCUUGAGGUUUGUAAGUCAUUGCAGGUUGACCUCUGGCAAGUUUGCCCCUUGAAGGCUCCCAGAAGAGCAUUUGGGAAAUUAUCUUACUCUUGCUCCUCCAGCAAUGACCACUAAAACGCACAGUGUAUUAAUAGAAUACAGAUUUCCUCUAUAAAGAAAGUGCACACUGCUAUUUUGAGUCACCAUGAUAAGUUUAAUACACAGAUUAAAGCAGUGGAUCGAUUGGCACUGACUUUGCGUUUGGUCACCAAGAGAUAUUAUGGUAUUUUGAAUGAAUGAAUGAUGGUGGUUAUUUUACCUGACUGCUAAGAAAGCAUAAAUGCUUGUAAGUAAGCAACCAGACGGACGACGGCUUUAGGUCCUCUCCGAGGGGACCUGGUACUGAGGUUUAAUGCCUUACCAAAGGGCACUGGCGCUUCGCCUUGGUUUCGAACCCGGGUCACCGGAUUACGAGACCACUGCUCUACCGACUGAGCUAUCGCGCAUAUAUAGCAUAUGUUGCUUUGUCGGGCAAGCAAACAUAAAAAAUGAUUUACACCCAUUAUAAGAAUGUUGUCAUAACACUGUGUAUAGCAUGUUGAUAUCUUACAAGAAUAUAUGUUCUAUGUCAUUUGACAUAAGACAUUUGACCCUGUGCCAUUGAAACUGAAGAUUUUAUAAAAGGAUUGAUACAUGUAGCAUAGAUUUAUGAUUGUUUUAACCCAUGUAAUGAAAUGAAUUGAAUGAAGGAAUGAGCAAGUUGGAAUUGUCAAUUUGGGGAUGUGACAUACAUGUAAUUGUAGAGUUAUCCACCUUUGAACCCAGUUCUAUCUUCACAUGGAACAGAUGAACUAUGAAGAAUUUCAUAAGUUUCACCUUUGUCCAAGGUUUGAAAGAUAUGUACAUGUGAAACCAUUUUUAUGCAUAUGCCACCAAACGUUGUGAUGGAGGUAUCAUGUAAUUGGGUUUUUACAGUCAUGUAUCAAUCAGAUAUGAUUAUUUACGUCUGGGGACCGACCUUUAACGUCUCUUUCCGAAAGACCAUUGAACAGAUUUUAACCAGACUUGGAUCAAGUCUAUUGAAUGCAUAAUUAACAUUGGAUUGAUACAAUAUUUCAUAUGUAUAUAUACAGAAAUGUACAAAAUUAUUACAAAUAUAUUGAAUGCAUAAUUAACAUUCAGUACAUGAGAUGCAGGAGGGCUACAGCAUAUUAAAGCGAAGUAGCUUGACGCUGACUCAGCCCUCAACUCAGAUAAAUAAAUAUUCUCUUAAAUUUCACCUUGUGAAAUCUGCUUUUGAUUCAUCCAAUAUUUCUGUAUUUCAUCUGUGUCAUGCUUGUAUAUUUCCUUAAUGUAUAUAUGAAGGUUUAUGAUUUUCAUUUACACUGACUGUCAGUGCCUAGAUCAUCUUAUGAAAUGGAUUUGGCACUUUACAAAUACAUGACUCAUACUUACUGUUAUGAUUUAAUCAUUUUACUGUAUUGUCUGUAUGAAUCGAGAUGGUCAGUUACCUCUGUGUAACACUCUUCUGGCGCUUCACAGACAAUAUUUUACCAACAAACUCAUGCACUGAUUAUAUAGUUUGGUUGUUUUGGUAUUUAGUCACACUUGUCUUGAAGACCACCUGUAUAGAAAGACAGAGAGUCUUUGUAGACAGGUUUGUUUAUACAGUGGAACCGCAUUAUAAAGAGCUCUGAUAUAACAAAAUGUCUAUUAUCACAAAGUGAUUUUUGCUGGUCCUACCUCCUUUUUUUAAAACCCUGAUAAAACAAGAUUACUGAUGUAACAAAUAGUUUCCAUAGUCCCAAGGACCUCGCUAUAACGAGUUUCCAUUGAUUUAAAUUAUUAUCCUAGAAUUUUGAAAUUUUAUCAGGGGAAAAAGGAAAUACUUGGGGAAUUAUUUUUGUAUGAAAUGACGGGAAUCCAAGUUGAAUAUAAUAAUACACAUGUAGUCACUUUGUAUACUGUCUGAAGCUCCACUUUAUUGUUAUUUGUUGCACAUGUAUUUGUUUGAUACAUGGACGCCUACUCAAUUGAAGUUUGGGUUUUCAAUGAAAUGAAGGUGAGGUGGAUUUUGGUCUGCGAAUGGACCUUUGUUAAUAAAGCCCAGUUUUAUUACAAUCUGA